CCUAUGCGCGAUACCGCGCGCCUAAUUUGCGGGUUCUUGUGCUGGUCAGUUUCAACGUUGAUGCGUUAUGCGCCUGCAAAAUCAUACAGGCACUGUUCCAGUGUGACCACAUACCCUACUCCAUCGUUCCCGUGCAAGGUCAGGAGGACCUGUUACGAGCGUUCGCCGAACAUAAGGAACAGAUUAAGUACGUGCUGAUGUUGGUGUUCCUUAGCCGCGCGCGCGUCAGACUGAACCUGGUGCUGUAUCGGCACUGGUCGCUGUUCGAGAGCAUGCGUCACUCCCGCUUCGUCUCCUGCGCGUUCAAGGUGUGGACGAACAAGGGCGUGAAGAGACUCAUGGAGUUCCUAGCUGACAUGGGGAUGCCUCUGGUGCAGGUGAAGCAGAAGUUCGGCUCGAUGGACGUCCAGUUCAAGUCCCACGUCAAGGACUGGAUCGAGGACAGAGCCGAGAAGUACCAUCUGCAGCGUAUCGUGUUCGGAUCGUUCCACACGCAGUACGGCUACAGGAACAAGUAUUGCGCCAGCGACGUUGUCUACGCCGUCACCGCACUGCUGGAGGCCAGUGGUAAGGACAAGACUGCGUCGGACAGGUUUCUCGAAGCGCUCGACUGUCUCUCCCGCGUCAACGUCUCGCUGCUGGAGCGGGGCGUGGAAGCUGCGAAGUUGCUCAUGCAGGCCAUCCUCUCCACCGUGCAUGGCUUCAUCGACAUGCACCAGCUCAUCUCCGCCGGACCCUUCCUUUACGGAUUCAUACAGCAGGGGACGCCGGACGCUAAGCUGUUCUCGCGACCCGUGUGUCUGCAGAUGCUUGCUCGCUUCAUGCUGCACGCAUACGUCGUCACGACGCGUAACAAGCGGCUGAAGAGUCUCCCCCUGGUGUUGACGGCCCCGCUGGACGAGGAGGAGGGAACGAGCAUCGUCGUCGGCAUGCCGCCGCACUCCGAGGAGUCGCAAAAGAACUUGUUCGGUAAGGCGUUCGAGCAGGCAGCGGAGAAAACCAACUCCAGGAUCUCUCAAGACUUUUUCGAUUCGUCGGUCAUUAAAAUGAAGACUGAGGACAGGAGCAAAUUCUUCGACGCUCUCAUUUCGCUGAUGGCGUAAAUUCGGGCGUGACAGGCACCCUCUGCUGGCUGCUACUGGCACAAUGAGCGCCCUCUGUUGGCCACUGCAGGCACAAUGAGUGCCCUCUGCUGGUCUCGCUGCGAUCUCCGUUAGUCGAAGGUGUACAUAUUUUUCCGGGCUAAUGUAACGAGGUAAUGUAAAGUUUGUUGUCGUUGUGGUGUUCUUGUUGUAGGGGUAAGUGCAUAGUGUGAUGCGUGCAAUUACUUUACAUCAAUGUAAGACCAGCUUGACUCCUCAGCUAUCACACGAUGACGAAGUUAAACACCUCCUUAUAUCUCCUCAUAUUACGCAUUUAAAAUGCGAUGCAAUUAUGUAUAGAUUAUUAUUAGUAGUACUAGAUAUUAUGUCAUUGAUUGCGAAAUUUGUCUUGCGUGUACUGUGUGCAAACUUCUUUUUUAUGGUGGAUUUGUGUAAAGGAAUUUUUCGUCAGAUCGAGAAGGAAACAACCCGCAUUUCAAGUAUUGCCAAUUUUCUAUUGUAAUUUAGUUAUAGCUUAGCUAUAUAUUAUACAUGUUGUCCUGAAAUAUAAUAUAAAUAAUAUUUGAUUUUUUACUCAAA